CAGAUCUCUCUGUUGCUGCAGUUCUCAUUGGCUCUGUACUUUUUCCCCCUUACACCCCACCCCCACCAGUGGGAGAAAAGAAUGGAUCAUAGAAGUCAUCAGCAGCAACAGAUGACUUCUGGUUUAACUCGAUAUCGAUCCGCGCCAAGUUCUUAUUUUACCAACCUAUUGAGUAGUAAUAAUCCAGCUGGUGUUUCUGGUGGGAGUGGGAAUUGUGGUUAUGCAAGAGAUGAUUUUGAUCAGUUGCUCGAUCCUCACGCUUCGAAUAGUGGUAUAAAGCAAGUUUUUGAUAGAUUUGUAGCUAAUAUUGGUCCCCAAGAUUCGAAUACGGAUGGCCUAAUUGAUGAUACUCAGCAAAAUCAAAAUCCCAUGAGCAAUAUUGAUGUUAGAUCUGAAGUUGCAGCUCCUAUGAAACAAGAACACGAAGCUCAACAGCAGCAAAUGAAUUACCAAUGCCAAGAACAACAGAGUCAGAAUUCACAGUUUGUUGCACCUGUGAAACAAGAAAUUGCUCAGCAGAAUAGUGACUAUUCUUUGGCUUCACAGAUGAAUUAUCAAAAUCACAAUGCAACAGACUUUACUUCAGGAAUGGAUAACUUUGGUAGAUAUAAUCGUUUGAACCACACGAAAAUGGAUGGUGGAUUUGGUACUGGUAGUAGUGACUCAAAUCUUACUCGUUAUAACAGUUCACCUGCUGGAUUCUUUGCACAAGUCAAUAUUGAAAAUGAAUAUGGUGCAUUGAGAGGCAUAGGGAGUUAUGGAGCUGGUAGUGGUACGAAUGCUGCUGGAGAAGUAUCAUUUUCCAAUCCAAGCAGGUUUAGUAGUCAAACGGCUCUCCCAUCCGGCCAACCUACUUCUUCGGCGCUAUUAGCUCCAAUCUCUGAAUUUGGAGCUAAAAGCACAGAAGAGAGCAGACGAGGCGAUGAAAGUUUUGGUAAAGGCCAUAAAAGUGAUGAGAGUUACAUGGCAGGUUUCGCCAUGCCUUCUUGGGAUGAUUCACAAAUUUUGACUGAUGAUUUCCUACAAGUACCAGAAGAUGAUGAGUCCGGAUCAUUCUCCAAUGUAAAUGCAUCUGAUAAUCAGAGUAGUGAAGGUCGAGCUCGUCCUCCCACUCUAUUAUCUCAUUUGAGUUUACCUCAAACAUCAGCGGAGUUAUCCGCCAUGGAGAAGCUCUUGCAAGAUUCAGUACCAUGUAAAGUCAGAGCAAAGAGAGGCUGUGCCACUCAUCCUCGUAGCAUCGCCGAAAGGGUAAGAAGAACACGAAUAAGCGAAAGAAUGAGGAAGCUGCAAGAGCUUGUCCCCAAUAUGGACAAGCAAACAAACACAGCAGAUAUGUUGGACUUUGCAGCUGACUAUAUCAAAGAACUAGAGACACAAGUCAAGGCACUAUCGGAAACGCGCUCAAAGUGUACAUGCUUGCAUGAAUAGAAGACCACAUUCAAAAUGCUAAGGUAGGGCAAUGCUGUGCACAUUCUAGUGGGAUAAAAAGGAUUUGACAAUGGAAAGAGCAAAGCAGAUAGGUGGAUUCUUUUUGGCACUUGAAAAAGAAGAGAAUGGGUUGCCAUAUUUUGGUGUGUAAAAAAGAUAGAUUCAGAUUCAUCUGAUGUAACAUUAUAAAUAACCUAAACUGUACAUAAAAUUUCCAUUGUCCAUUUCUCUUGGCCUGUUAUGUUUUGUGGACUACUUGGUCCUUUUAUUAUGUUGUGUUAAUGUGUGUGUUGCCAUUCAGAA